AUGGUUUACGAUUGGAGUGAAGAGAAAGAGCAGAUAUGCUACCGAAUGUAUAUUGAAGAAAAGAAAUCGUUGGAGGAGAUUAUGGAUUAUAUGAAGGAAGAACACAAGUUUGCACCAAGUAAACGCGCCUUCCAAACCCAGUUCAAGCGAUGGGACUUCCCCUCGAAGCAGAAUCCAGCACAUAAAAAUGCCGCGUUAGUUCAACGGGUCAAGGAGCUAUGGGAUUGCAAUACUUCACAGAGAGAAAUGCUGCGGCUUCUCAAUGAGGAAGGCUUUGAUAUCAAGGAGCGAGAACUCAUGCGUGUACGCGCUAAGAAUCGAUGGCUAUUACGAGUUCCAAAUGGGAUGAAAGCGAAGAAACGCGAUUCAGACCAGGACGUUAUCAGUCAAUUGAAGCAAGCGUUGUAUCCAGAAGGACAGAUGGAUGACGCAGAGGGAGAGGAUGAGCCAGUCGAGGCCGAAGAUGUGCCCAUGGAGGAAGCCAGUUCGUCUUCAAAACCUCGAGGCCGCGCAGGAUCCCCUCCAUUAAGCCCCGAAGUCCUUAAAAAGCGAGAAGAACGAUUGCAAAAAUUGCAAGCCGAAUCUGCUGAGCGAUGGGCCACCAGAAAACGCCGCCGCCGAACUCGUGGCUGGGCUGGACUACCUGCUGAUCCACCUGGACCUCCACGAUUCCCUUCGGAAACUACAAUUGAUGAGAGCAAAGCUUUCUUGAGCCUAGAUAAUCGUCUCUACCGUGACAUUCGAUCCCGUUUUCAACGAAUAUGCGAAGAAAUGGAGAUCAUCAAAAAGACUAUCGCUGGCCCCGAACGGUGGGAAGCUGCAAAGGACAGACUGGUUCAAGAAAGUCCACAUCUUCAGGGCGUCUUUUGGGGCAACGAGGAUAACGAAGGAGCAAAAAAGCUGGCACUCGAUGUGGUCUGUAGUGACGUUACGAAGCGUAUGAGGACGCUUGAGAGGCGCAUGACCAUUGCUGAAGCUAAAAAUGCGCUGGGCAUCAACCCCGAGGAAUCUCGCCAACUGCGAAAUGCAUUCUACCAGGUACUUAAAUCAGACCAUUUCACUAGCAAAUUGGAGGCCGGAGAGGAACACUGGAAAGAGCUCAAGGCACAGUGGAUUGGUAGUUCACAAUUAUUACAAAAUAUCCUUGCACCGGGGGAUGCCGAUCCGCAGCACAGAGAAAAGGUCAAGGCAAUGGAAGUAUUAUGUCGCGAUGUCAUGAAGCGUCUUCGAGAUGAUCAGACCAAGAGAGAUCCUACGAGAAAGAAAAAGUUCGACUCCAACUUCCAAGCAACACCGCCUGUCCCUGGGCCUGGUCCUGUUAAUGGCGAUCUUGACAGCUCCCAUGUUGCCCUUAUGCGAGCAGCGUCUCAAGCACAAGCAACUCCUAUCCCACCACCCGUGCCUCGCAACUCACGUAACCUUACCGGCCUGCAACGCGCCCAAAUACAAACCCAGACCGCACAAGCUCAACCUCAGCAUGCUAGUAUGUCAGAUCACACGAGCAUGCAGAUUGACCCAUCGUUACUGCUGGCGGCUGCAGAUCCAUCACUGAUGGAAAAUCGAGGGUUCGAGCAGUACGGCAAUCAGUCAUAUGUUCCUUCACAAGUGUUCCCCCAAAGUAAUCCAAUUCCCUUCUUCUUCCGGCUACAUCCUUCCUCGGACGUUCAGACGCAGAACAGGAUGUGGCUCAGUGCUCUACAGUCUGUGUCCGUUGAGGAAUUGCGCCAGUUGGCGACCAUUAAGUACCCUGGUACGAUUGCGCUUCGUCUCGAAGGUAUUAUUAAACAACCAAAUGGAAGUGAAAUGCCAAUUGGUAUUGACGCUGACGACGAGCUUAAUGCUUACCUUGCUGAGAUCCAGGGUAUCAAGCCGACCUUUUCUGUGCAGCUAGUACACGCGUGGAAGACCGAUUAG